AUGUUGAAAUAUUUCGUAUUGUUGUGUGUGGCAUUGGUCCUUGUACCCAGCCUCGAGGCUGGCAGCGUUCCCACCGUUCCCAUGCUGGAUGGUCGCAUUGUGGGCGGCAGUGAUGCCACUAUCGAACAAUAUCCCCAUCAAAUCUCGAUGCGUUAUCGUGGCAGACAUCGUUGCGGUGGCAGUGUCUACACCAGCAAUAUCAUCGUUUCGGCUGCCCAUUGUGUUGUCGGCGAUUUGGAUCUGAGCCAAUUGACAAUUGUUGCUGGUUCCACCUACUUGGAUGAUGUACAAUGGGAGUUGCCUGUGACCAAAAUUAUUGUCCAUGAGAAGUAUGGUGGCAAUAAUGAUUAUGAUGUGGCCAUAUUGGUGUUGGGUGGCGAAUUCCCAUUCAACAGUAGAAUUCAACCAAUUGGCUUGGCUAAGGUUAGACCCGCUGAUGGUGCUGAAGUUAUUGUUACCGGUUGGGGUACUUUGGUCGAAGGUGGUGAUAUUCCCAAUCAACUGCAACAGGUCACAGUCAAUCAUGUUGAGCUGAGUGCUUGCAAAAAGAAGUAUCCUUUCAUGUUGACUCAGCGUAUGUUGUGCGCCGGAGUUCCUGAGGGUGGUAAGGAUGCCUGCCAAGGUGAUUCUGGCGGCCCAUUGAUUUACAACAAUGAAUUGUUGGGUGUUGUAUCAUGGGGUAUUGGUUGUGCUCGUAAAACCUUCCCUGGUGUUUAUGCUUCGGUGCCUGAUCUAUAUGAAUGGAUUGAGAACAUCACACGUUCGCAAACUGUUGAAUAUGAUUUCUUGUAA